AUGGAAGAUAUAGAUAAUGAUGAAGAUGAAUUUGAUUUAAACUCAUACUUGUAUCAACCUCAACAACAACAUGGAUCUUCAACAACAACGACAUUUAUGACGACUGAAGAUGAAGAUAAUAGUAUCAAUAUUGAUGAUAACCCUUUUAUUGAAUUAAGAUUCAAUCCUCUUAAAGGUCGUUCAAUACAUGCUAAAUCAUUCAUACCAAGAGGUUCUAUUCUAUUAAAAGAUAAACCUUAUAUAUCUAUAAUUGAUAAUAAAUAUAAAAAGAAUAUUUGUAAUGGAUGUUUUAAAUUCUUUAAACCUUCGAAUCAACAAAAUGUAAAGAAGUGUCCUGGAUGUGGAGAAGUGUACUAUUGCGAUAGUUUUUGUCAACAACGUUCAAGUUUCCCAGAGACACGUCACGAUGAAAGGGAAUGUCGUUGGUUACACUACUUUUCAAAGACCUAUAAACACCAACUACUCGAAGACGACAAAAACAUUGUAAUAUUAAUACUAAGAGUAUUGUCAAGAAGAAUUAGAGAAAAGAAAUCACUUGAAUUUAUGGAUCAAUCAUCACCGUCAUCCAAUUCAUCUUCAUCAACCACAGUUCCAUUAACACCAAAAGAUAUUAUUGAUUUAUGUGAUCAUAUAGAUGAUUAUUUUUCUGUAUCUUUAGAUAUCAAUCAAAAUAAUAACAAUACUAUUGAUAAUAAUAAUGUAACAUAUACAAUUAAAAAUGAAUUAAUUGAAGGUACAAUGGUUGGACAUGAAACAGAAAUGGAAAAGGAUGAUUAUCAAACAAAUUGGAAACAUGAUUUUAGUAAGUUGUUGGCUAUUUCUAGAAUCAUUCAAAAUAUAUUACAACCUUCUCAACAUACCUAUAUCACCAAAAUAUAUAAUAGUAGUGGUACGGUUAGUGAUGAAACUGAAGGAGGAGCAAGUGAUCAACAAGACUCACUUGAAUCAGAAUCUCAAUCUUCGAAUCUUGGUAGUCACUCUGACACUGGUAUACGAGACGAUUAUAGAAUAGUAACAAGGAUUGAUUUAAAUAUACUUAAAUUAUUGGGAAAGGUAAGAGCCAAUUAUUUUGGUUUAUGGAAUUAUGACAAUGAUGUUGGAGGUGAAUGUUAUUGGGCCGGUGCAGCUGUCUAUCUUGGACUGUCACUCUUUAAUCAUAGUUGUCUUCCCAACUGCUCGACUAUUAUCCAAUCAGAGGAUUUUGAUAGAGGGUCGUCUGCCAACAACUAUGAAAGAAUGGCAGUGGUUGCCCCAGACUAUAUGAUUGACAAGGAACUGGGACGUCUCAAUCCUCUCACCUUCUACAUUGUUGCAUUGCGAGACAUUCAAGUAGACGAGGAGCUACUCAUCACCUACAUCCCCUUGGACCAAAAACUAAAGGAACGAAGAAACCAACUAAAGUCACUUUGGCUCUUUGACUGUGACUGUCGUCGUUGUAAAGAGGAAUUAGAGAUAGGUGGAGACAACCCUGAAAUGAAUGAAUUCCGAAUGUAUUGUUGUCCCAAACAAGGUGGAUGUAAUGGAGGUAUGUUGGUACCUGACCAUAUAUCAUCUACAACUGGAUCUUGUAGAGUUUGUAAAUUAUCUUAUCCUUUAACUAUUAUUUAA